ACCCGCGACCAUCCCAAACUUUUCCUCCCCCCCCCCAAUGGCGGCGAAGGACCGGGACAUAUCCCCCUCCCGGCGGAAUAACAAGCUCGACUUCUUCCUCAAGAGGCACCUGGAGGAGAGCGUCUACGAGAAGAUUCGAGGCUACGAGGUGUGCAUCGUGGUGUCGGAGACCCGGCAGAAGGUCUUCCAGUACGUGGUGCUGACCGACGAGAGCGUUUACCUGACAGAACACCCCCCCAAGACCAUCCACAAGGCUGUGCAUCUCAGUGAUGUCGUCGCCAUCGAGCUGGUGGAUGAUUAUGCUAAUUUUCUGAAAAGUCAGAAUCGUGAAUCAACACAACACAUUCGCAUAAUUUAUAUUUCCCGGACAGUGAAGAAAUCUCAGAGUAAAAACCAACUGUUCUCUCCUAUUCAUAGCAAUGCCAGAAGGAGAAGCAGUGUUUUGUGCCAAGAGGAAGCUGUCAGUGGUGAAAGCUCAUGGACCAGAGGACUGGGCACUGGGAAACAUUUGAAUGAAGAUUGUAUCAGGCAGCAGAGAGGAUUUUCUGAGAAGCUGAAUACUGGAUUAAAAAAUUUGACUGACUCCACAGUAUUCGGGAAAUUGGACAAAGAUAACGAAACAAGUCGUUUAUCUUCAACUCAAGUCCACCGUCCACUGCCACAACCUCCAGUGAAAGAGUAUCAUCAUUCGACUGAACCAGGACCAUCUUUACCCAACACAGUCUUAGUUGAACAGUUGCCUUGCACUUCUCAUGAUUGCUUGCGCACGAAGGAAACUCCAAUAUCUUUCGGACUUGGUAAUUGGAGUCAGGUUCCCAAUGCUUUAAGCAUCAAUUUUCCUGACGUGCCCACAACUAAGCUGACAUUGAACCCGGAACAGGACAAGAAGAGAACUAAGUUUACUGAGGAAAAAGAAUCUGAACUACACCUAUAUGUGCUUUCCAUGUCCUCUCCGUUAUAUCUGCUUUUAAAGAGCUCCUGGAAUAAUUAUAUGAUUCAAUCAACAUUAAUGCAAGAUCCAGAUUACACAAGAAGAUUAAGUCUAUCAUCCUCUCCUGGUCGGAGUCAGAAAAUGCACAGUUUAGAGGAGACCUUCAAUCAGCUGAGCUCUGAGCUACUCCGUGGUCAUAGUACAUUGAAGCAGAUAUCCUUAAUACAACAGGAGCUGCAAACGAUAGCGUGCAGGAACUACACCAUAAAAAAACUCUUCUGGAAAUCACUCGAAUUGUAUCCCUUUCUCGUCAGAAAGCUUCAGGAGUACUUGCCAAAGUCACAGAACAUUGCUGCGCAGCACAACAAAAACCUCAGAGUAGAUGAACUACGGUUAUGUGUUUUAAUCGUACAGACAUUAGGAGUAAUGUUGAGGGAAACAGACACUGAGCCAACCCGCCAGGCUGCUCUGAAUUUUAAACGGGGUAAAUCGACCAGUGACUUGCUCGUAGUUUUAUUAAGUGAACCUCUUAUCCCAAAAUCAUCUUGGUUAUCUGGCACCAAAGCCCCAGUUCCUUCUGCUGGUUCAGACAAGUCUGAAGACGUAGAGUUACAGAAAGUAUUGACGGGCUACAAUGAUGCAGCAACAGCAGUACUGUUUGAGAUAAUCCUCACUGCACAUCAGGGAAAUUGGGGAUCAAGCUCAGAGAACUUUAUAACAGUUGGAUGGUUGAUGACUAGUUUUCACAAUAUUCCUUCUAUGGUCAUUUUUAUUGAGCAUAUGAUGAAACGCCUAAUUAAGACAGUAACACCUCCACUAGAUACUAUUAGUCCUGCUCAGGUACUGCUUCUUUUCCAACAAUUCUACAUCCUUAACACCUGCAUCCAGUACAACACUGAUUUAGCAGCACACAUCAAGAAUGAAUACAAUGAGGAGUUCAGGUAUUAUAUCCAGAGUCCAGCUGUGGAAAUGAUGCUCCCAGCUCACCUUGCAAUCACCAAGCCUACCAUCCGACUCAUCCAAGAAGUGCUUGGCUUUGUCUUCCAUAAGCAAAAAUAUGUUUAUACAGAUGCAAGAAAGAAAAUAAGGAAAGCUGCUUACCUACAUGGCAAGAGAGGAAAAACCAUGAAAAGUAUUAUCCAUGAAAAAUCUAAUCAUGUCCUGAAACACUGCCUAUAUGUAUACACAUUACAUUAGCCUUUUCCCUGAAUGUACACCAGUGAGAGCAAGCUAACAAAAUAAUGGUAAUUUUUUUAUUAAUUCCUUAAUUUAUCUUCUGUGUAUCUGCACUUGUGUUCAUACAGGAAAAGAAUAUCCAAAAUUAUGGGGGAUGUGAAGUGAAGAAAACAGUGUGUGAUACGCUGGAAUAGUCUGAUUGAAAUCUGGGAGCUCAGUAAUAAUAAUCGUUGCAUUUGAUAUAAGUCUUA